CUGUUGGGCCAUUAAACAUGGCUUGGCCCAGCCCAUACCACAACUACAAUCCACCAAGUAUGUAUGGGCCCAAACCCACAAAGUAUCUUCAUGGUCCUACAACUAAAGCCCACAUGAAGAAGACAAGUUUGGCCUAUAAAUACACUACCAAGCACUCCAAAUAAUGGGGGACAUCCCCGCCCUUUCACAGGUCCGGUGUUCCCAUGUUUCUUGGCUGAAACAAUUGGCGCGCCAGGAAGGGG